AUGUACAGAACAAUGCUCAGUGAGAAAGAGUACGUGAGAAUCAAGUCGGAAGAUCCAUCGGGAAUCGAUAUCCUUCACCACAUUGAGACGUGGAUCCCCAACAAACAGAAACGAGCUUAUGAAAUUAUCGCGGAUUUUGAGAAACAGGGUUUAGAUCAUCUUCAUAUCAUGCUAGCGUUGCCUCACCGAACCGAGCACAGCUUCAUUGUCCCGCCGGCUUCACUCCUCCUCGCCGCCAAUCCCACCGCCAAGGCCUCGGCUUCAGUCUUUCUCGUCUUCAAUCCCACCACCACGGCCCCGACCUCAGCCCCCGCCUUCACUGCUCGCCGCGACGCCGCCAGUACUCCACGGCUCCACCGGCGCACCGCCGAACCCGGUCCACGGCCGCUUACCUCACUGGUGGCCUGUGGGAAGGGGGCAGGAGCUUUUACAUGCUUGCUUGAUGAAACUGGAAGGUACGAUUCUCCACCGUACAAAAAUGUGGAGUAUAAGCCAGAUUACAAAGUAUCCUCUCUUGUUGAAGUUCACAAACUCCUGGAAAAAGAUUUCAGCCUUUAUCCUUAUUCUCACAAAUGACGAUGCUGCCUCACAUAACGGGACUAUGUGUAAGCUCUGAUCCCUCUUGUAUCUGGAUACAUUUCGUGGCCGUACCAUAUAGUUAGGUAAUAUAUUCUCAACUGAUGUUAGGACGAGAUUGGAUAAAUUUACCAAGAGGGCUGGCUUCACUAUCAUGUUUAGCUGGUUGGAUUAGUUUAGCAUUUUAAGUUGUGCCCUUCAGAUAUUAAAAAUUAGUUGUUAGCAGGGGAAAGGGCUUUUUUUGGUCAAAAGUAGUGUCUCCUGAAUCUGAAUUCUCCUAUAGAGUCAGUUAUCUCUGCCUAAGCUUGACAACAACAACAACAACAACAACAACAACAUAGCCUUUUAGUCCUAAGCUUGACAAAGAAGGAAAAAUUAUGGUCACCAGUUUGCGGAAGAUCAUUAUAGACCUAACCGUAAGAUCA